AACAUUAUUUGUUUACAUUUCUUCCUGUCCAUGCCUGAAACGCCAGGCAACGUUCUUCUCUCUGCUACCAUCUCCUUCGGGGCACUAAGGACUGUGGCACAGCAAUCUGCACGGCCCCUCACAUCCCAACUAGAACAAACCAUGUAGCAUUAUAUAGAAAAAAAAUAGAGAAGUACUAGAAGCACCAACAUUAUUUUCCAUAUAUAUUUAUUUUAGACGUCCUGUCACCUGCUGUCAUUUUCUCGCGACCACUACGACCAGGUCACCAUGAACCGUGGAAAGAUAUCAUUUGGCAAGAUUGGGCUGAGCUUAGGGAAAGCCAGUUCUGAUAAGACUCCCUCUGAUGAUGGUUCUGUCAGUGAGGGAUUUGGCUCUUUUGGAAAAAAUCAAGAAGAGAAUUCUAAAGAGGGAAUGUCAGCCACUAUGGGAUUCUCUGGCUUCGGCAAAAAGGCUCGACAGUUUGAUCUUGAUGAGCUGGUAGAGGAAACCCGCAAGUCUGCUAUCGACAAGAAUAAAAAAAAUAUUGAGAAACUGCAACUCUUGGCAGAGGAAGAUCAAAAGAAAGCAAAAUCUUUAUUGCCAAAGGAGCCUGCCUCAUCAUGCCUUACAGAUAGUAAUACUAAGAAGAAUGAUAAUGAGGAUGAUGAAGAAGAGGAAGAAGAAUUUAUUGGACCUCCACUGCCCUCAAACUUGUUACCAUCAAAACCAGAUGUGGAGGAAAAUGAAGAUGAUAGUGAUGAUGAGAAACAGCUUUUCCCUAUCACUCAGCAGCUUGUGUUAGAGCACAGCACCAGGACUGUCUCUGCCUUAGCUGUGGAUCCCACCGGUACUCGCCUUGUGAGUGGUGGGGUGGACUAUGAGGUGCGUUAUUGGGAUUUUCAGGGGAUGGACCAGUCACGGGAAGCAUUCAGAUCUUUCUGUCCUGCGGAUGGGUAUCCAGUUAAUGCUGUGGAUUACAGCUGUACAGGAGACAAGGUUCUGGUGGUGCCUGGCUCCCAGCAGGCUAAAGUGUAUGACAGAGAUGGCAUAGAGUUGUUUGAGUGUGCCCGUGGAGAUAUGUAUUUGCAUGAUAUGGCCAAGACUAAAGGGCACAUUGCAGGACUGACAUGUGGAGUUUGGCAUCCAAGAGAUAAGGAAGAGUUUAUGACAUCAGGAAGGGAUGGAACAUGCAGACUGUGGCAUACCAGUCGUCCUGAGAAUCAAAAGAAUGUGAUUAAGCCACGUGCAAGUAAUGGACUAAAAACUAACCCGACCACCUGUGCUUACAACAGAGAUGGGCUUCUAGUGACUUGUGCAUGUGAUGAUGGCUCAGUCCAGAUGUGGGACCACCGCAAAUCUUUUGUCAAUGUGGCUAUUAGUGUCAAACAGGCUCAUGUAAAAGGCACAGAAACCUCAAGUUUGACAUUUGCCUAUGACAACAAAGCCUUUGCUACAAGGGGCGGAGAUGACACUCUUAAGCUGUGGGACCUACGUAACACUAAAAAGGCUGUUCAUGUUGCUGAGGAACUAUUCAACAAAUUUCCAAUGUCCAGUUGUGUCUUCAGUCCCAACGAUCAAAUGGUUGCAACAGGAAUAUCUCUAAACCGAGGGGAAACAGUUGGUAAACUGAUGAUCUUCAGUCGCACCACAUGGGAAGUACUAAAGGAGGUUGAAAUUAAUGGGAGUCAUGUUGUUAAAGUUAUUUGGCAUCCCAGGUUGAAUCAGAUUAUGCUGGGUUGUGGUGAUGGCAAGGCCAGGUUGUUGUAUGAACCCAGAGUGUCCCACAAUGGUGCUCUUCUUGUGGCUAGCAAGCACAAAAAACGAUCCAAGCAGGCAGAAGUGGUUGUGUCUCAACAAGUGAUCACUCCGCAUGCCUUGCCAAUGUUCCGAGAAGAGAGACAUAAGUCGACUCGUAAGGUGGAGGAACGAGACAGGAAGGAUCCAGUGAAGUCACGGCAACCAGAACUGCCAGUAGGCAAGGCUGGAUCAGGGGGCAGAGUGUCAGCUGGAGGCUCAACGCUCUCUUCCUACAUCAUACGUAAUAUGGGAAUGCGCAACAAAGUACAUGAAGAGGAAGAUCCAAGGCAAGCAUUGCUCAAGUAUGCCAAGGAUGCUGAAGAGAAUCCUUAUUGGGUGACUCCAGCUUACAAGAAAAAUCAGCCCAACACAAUUUUUCAGGAGCAAUCAGACACAAAACAUAAAGAAUCAGAGGAAGACACUAAAGAACCACCCUCUAAAAAAGCAAAGUCAUAGAUUUUAUCAUUUAUCUAAUAGAUCUUCAUAUAUAAGGUUUGAUUUAUUCUCCUAUCUGAGCAUUACCCUACAGAAAAAAAUGGCCCUCAUAAAAGUGCCUUCAGACAGCCCAUGAGAAUCCAUUAAAUAUUAGGUAAAAGAUUGACUUUACCACAAGAUAGAUCAAGAAAGCAUCAGUUAUAUUAUUUAACAUCACAGCCUUGAAUAAAAAAUUCCACUUAGUCAAAAGUGCUCUGAAUCAAUAGGAAAAGUUGUAGAAUUAAAGCAGAAAAGAGAAAAAUGUUAAUUAUAAAUAUCUAUGAGAAAUAAGAUCAGGAGAACCAAGAAGAAUAAAUUUUGUAACAAAU